ACGUGGCUGGGGCACAUAUAGUCACGGUCCCGCGGACGGUCCGGGAAGAGGCGACCAGUUACGCCAGUUACACACAGUCUAAAGGACGCGCGCGCGCCCGACCGGCCGCCUAGUUGUAGUUAGCUGCGCGUCAUGCUGUGGCUGCUGCCGUACCUGGUGUGGCUGUCGCCCGCCGCCCUCCUGUACUGGUUGGUGUUCGCCGCCGAACGGCCCCGCGCCGCCCCCACGCCGUACUCCCAGCCAGCAUGGAACUUCCCCCUGAAGCGCGUGUGGGCGCUGCUGGCCGUGCGCCGGCUCAAGGCGAAGCGGCUGGCCGCGCUCUCGCCGUCGGACCCCGCGGCCGCGCGCCAGGCCCAGGAGGAGGCCGUGUACCUCCCCACCGAGUACGAGCGGCGCCUGGAGGAGCCCCGGCUGCUCCUGGCUGAGGGGAUUGUGGACUCGCUGUGCUUCCAUGGCGCCGACUUCCACGGCGGCUACCUGGUGGUGCGGAUGACGCGGAUGCGGCACUGCCUGGCGCGCGUCGCGCUGCAGCUCAAGCUGGGCGACACGGUGUACCAGCUGCCCCAGAUGCCGGACUCGCUGAUGAGCCGCACCGGGGCCGCGUGGUCGGCGGGCGGCGACUGGGGCAGCCUGCGCCUCGAGGUGGUGGAGCCGCUCCGCACCUGGCGGCUCGCCUUCAACGGCGUGCUCCGGGAGGGCGCACCGCGCUCGCACCAAGACUGGGACGGGUUGCCCGGCGACCAGGGCUGCAUGCGUCACGUACGCCUCAACUUCCUGUGGCACGCCUGCAGCAAAGAGUACAACUGCCGCCACGACUGGAGUGCCGAGAUGCUGGCCGACACGCUCGCCCGGGAGCCGUGGCGCAGCGACCACUGGAUGGACAUCAUCAAGGGCCACGUCGGCGGCUACGACCAGUGGGGCACGCUGCACGGCGAGGUGCGCGUCGAGGGCGCGGAGGCCGUGGAGGUGUACCUGCGCGGGCUGCGGCAGCGGCGCUGGGGUCCCAACGAGGCCGGCCGCCUGCACCGCCGGCUCACCGUCAGCGGCGUGCUCAAGAACGGCACCAUGUUCAGCGUCGGCGCCGACUGCCACCCGGGGCAGCUGUCGCAUGCCACGUACGGCCAUGUCCGGACGGCGGAGGGCGAUUUGCGUAGCAUCACCUCGACGAGCUUGUCCCUGCCCGACCUCGCUGAGGACAAGGACCACAUCCCGAAGCACUUCGUCCUGCAGUUCACUGCCGGCGGCGUCCACUACACGUCCGCGGUGCACCUGCCCAGGACGGAGCCGUGCACGGUGCUGUGCGAGCGGCCGUGGUCCUGGCUCAUGCUGCUGGAGCCCGCCGAGUGCUCGCUGGAGUGGCGCGGCGCCGAGGGGGUUAUGGAGGGUGUGGGGCUGGCCGAGCUGUGCUACCGCUACGACGGGCCGUGCGCGCUGCCCGCCGCCGCGCCCGCGCCCGCGCUGCACCUGCGCGAGUCCAAGACGCUGCCCGGCCGGCUGCUGCUCGACCUGGAGGAGCGCGCGUGCCGCAGCACGGCGCUGGUGGGCGGCAAGGGCGCCUCGCUGGCCGUGCUCACCGCGCUCGCCACGGACAAGAGCCUCGAGGGGUCGUACGUGGUGCCGGGCGGCUUCUGCCUGACAGUCACGGCCCUGGAGCGGCAGCUGGCCUCGUUCCCCGCGCUGCGUGAGGCCGUGGAGGCGCUGGCCGCGGCCGCGGCCGAAUCCUCGGCGGAGGGCGUGGACGCGGCGCUGUCGGCCCGCUGCGAGGCCGUGGUCGCGCUGUUCGAUGCCGAGGCCGUGUGCGAGGCCGUGGCCGUGGAGGUGCGGGCCGCGCUGGCCCGGCUGGACGGCGACGGCGGCGUGCUCUGGGCCGUGCGCUCGUCGGCCGUCGGCGAGGACUCGGACGAGCUCUCGGCCGCCGGCCAGAACGCCACCUUCCUCGGGUGCCGCGGAGACGACGGCGUCCUGGACGGCGUGCGGCGCUGCUGGGCGUCGCUGUUCGCGCUGCAGUCGGUGCAGUACCGCCGUCAGCACGCACAGCCCGUCAACGCGCCCAUGGCCGUGGUGGUGCAGCGCAUGGUCGCCGCCGACACGGCCGGGGUGCUGUUCACCUGCGACCCCUCCUCUGGCGACCCGCGCAAGCUGCUCAUCACGGCCAACUACGGCCUCGGGGAGAGCGUGGUGUCGGCCGCGGUGGACCCCGACGUGGUGGUGGUGCAGCGUGAUAUGGCGGGCGCCAUGAGCGUGGUGGAACGGCGCACCGGUGACAAGAAGCACCGCGUCGUCCUGGCAGCGUCGGGCGGGGUCCGCGAGGAGGCGGUGGCGCAGUCGGCGAGCUCGGUGGUUUGCCUCUCGGACGACGAGGCGCUCGCCCUGGCCCGCGCCGGCGCCCGCCUCGAGCGCGCCUUCGGCGGCGCUCGCGACGUGGAGUGGGCGUUCGCGUCGGGCCGCCUGCACCUGCUGCAGUCGCGCCCCGUCACCGCCCUCUUCAACUGGACCGACUUCGAGCUGCUGCACGAGCAGGACACGCCCUGGUGCUCCGACGAGGAGGUCUGCUCCACGGCCAACACGGGGGAGGUGAUGCCGGGCGCGUCGUCGCCGCUGUGCUUGACGACCGUGACCAGGGGGUGCGACAUGUGCACGGCGAGGGCCUCCUCCUACAAGGAGGACGUCUUCCGGCGCUUCAACACCUGCAUCCCCGUCACGCACAACCACGUCACCAUCAACGUGCUCAACCUGAUGCUGCGCAACGUGGGCCGCGAGCUGGACCUGGGCAUUCACGUCGUGGACCUGACCAUCUACGGACACCGCGCCACCACCCCUGCGAUGCACCGCGCCGCGCUCCGGCGGCACGGCUGCCGCAUUGACGCCCUGACCCGCGUCAAGCUGUUCUACGAGGUGGGCGUGCGCGCGUGGAACGCGUCCAAGAUGGUGCAGGCGACGCAGAAGCUCACCCGGGAGCUGGACUUGCACGAGAAGGCCGCCCGGGAGGCGACGGCCCGCGGCGUGCUCAGGCUCAUCACCGAGGCCAUGCCCACGCUCACCGAAUCCUUCUCGUACCACGCGGCGGUCUCCAACGUCAGCUCCUUCUCGCAGGUCGUCGCCGUGAUGGUUCUCACUGAGGGCGCAAAGGACCUGAGCACGGAGCACAUCACGGACGUGGCCUCCAUGCUGUCCUGCACCGGCGGCGACGUCGUCUCCGCCCAGAUUCCCCCCGCCAUGGAGGCCAUCGCGAAGGCCGUGCGUGACGGCUGCCCGCAGUGGCGGGACUUCCUCGCCGUGCCGCCCGAGCAGGGCAUGCGCUGGCUCGAGGAGCACUGCCCCAAGGCGCACAGGAUGACGGCCACCUUCCUGGACCAGUUCGGCUGUCGGGUCAUCCGGGAGUUCGACCCCAAGACGGUGACAUGGGACGAGGAGCCGAGCAAGCUCAUCGCCUCCCUGCAGCCCUUGGUGGGCAACCCCCAGAACCACGACCGGCCCGCGGCCUCGACCGUCCAGGAAGUCGUCGAGAGGCUCAAGUCGCCCAAAAAGGGCUUCACCAGGUUCCUGUUGCGCCGCCUGCUGCCCUGGUUCCAGGGCGCCGUCGUCAACCGUGAGUUCACCAAGGAGGGCGUCAUCCAGCUCAUCCACAAGUUCCGCCAGGCGUUCCGCCGGCUGGGCGUGCUGCUGGAGAAGGAGGGCCGGCUGCCGGACCGGGCGCUCACGCCCUUCCUCACCCUGUGGGAGCUGCAGCGGAUUGCCUGCGAGCAGCCGGACCCGGCCAUCAUCGCAAAGGCCCGCAGGCGCAGGCGCUGCUGGCCCGAGUGGGACGCGCUGGCGUUCCCGGAGAUCAUGCACGGAGUGCCACAACCCGAAAAGUUCGAGGAGCCCGACGCGUCCGGGACGGGCGAGGUGGUCGCCCAGGGCACGCCCGUGUCCGAGAGCUCCGUGACGGCGCGCGCGUGCGUGGUCCUGGCGCUGGACGGCGACCAGGGCGUCAGCCAGCUCCGGGCCGGCGACGUGCUCAUCACCCACUCCACGGACGUGGGCUGGAGCCCGUACUUCCCCAUGCUGGGCGGCGUGGUCACCGAGCUGGGUGGCCUCAUCUCCCACGGGGCCGUUGUUGCGAGAGAGUAUGGACUUCCCUGCCUCGUUGGAGUUUACGGAGCUACACGAAUGUUCAAGACGGGUGAUAUUGUCAAAAUCAGCGGGAAAACUGGAGCACUAUCAAAAGUUAAAUAAAAACAAACCAAAAGGUGUCA